AGGGGGGUUGGAACAACAUAAGGGUGAGCAAUUACUGACAGAAUUUACAUUUUUGGGUGAACUAACCCUUUAAUAUGGGCUCAGACAGUUUGGCUUUAGUUUUUAACUUCCAUCAUGAAUGUCACCUUUAGUUUUAGCAAACUUUCAUCAUCGGGAUGACAGCUAGUGUAUGGAAAUCUUUUUUUUUUUAAAAAAGGGCAUUAAUUUUUUCUUUUUAACUACUUGUUCUGUCAGAGCAUGUAAAGAAAUUGACAUUCUCUGUACAUUUAUCACGUGGCAGAGAACAGAAGAUCUAUGUAUAUUAUUUGUUAAUAGCAGCCACGUGAAAAGGAAAUAGUGACUCAUUCUGCAAAUCGUGCAGCAAAUUGAGAAAUGUGAGCCAUGAAAUCAUGUUGGUUAGGUCAUGUUUACUCACGAUUGGAUGUCAAUGAGUUUAGUUACAGCUAUAAUAUUGUCUAAUCCAACAAACAUGUAAUGGUUUUAGCAGGCCUGGAGGAUCUUGAGGCCAUCACCUAGGUGGGGAACGUUACUGGAAACAGAGCUUGAAUGCUUCUGCUUGGCUGACCUUCACAAGAUCGAAUUUGUAAUAUUAGGAGGAGGCUGCCAAGAAUUUUUAUUUCCCUCCUCAGUUACUGGUAUAUUUUAUUUUGGAGUUAAGAUCCUUGGCAGCAAGUCUACUGUAGCAUGUGUGCAAUAUGUCUGUAGUAUGUGUUAAUUAAACUGUAUUUAUGCCACAAAUCUGUCUCAAAGCACAAAAUAACCAGAAUUCAGAUAAAGGCAUGUUGCCUUAAUAACCACUUACUCAAAAAGUGCAAUAUUUUGUUGGCUGUAGUAUGAAUCAAAAGGUAAAUGUUGUGGAUACCCUGUACGGUCCCAAAACUACAAUUGUAAUAGUCUUUAUUAGCUGUUGUUUCGAAAUAUGAUCGCAUGCUUGUUUUGACAAGAAAACUUCUUUGUGCGUCAGCCUGUAGAUGUUGCUACGCGAUGGACCUGUUUUUACUGUGAAAGAAUGUAGUUGGCAGACAUACACGCAUUACGUAGACUACUGGGAAAUAUGGAAGUAUCAAAGUAUUUCAAGGCUGUGAGUUCCUCCUGGGCUAGGAAAGUCAUGGAAUUUUAUAUCAUCAGCGCAUAUAAAUUCAUUAAAUUAAAUCUAAAUGGUCAGUUGUAACAUGUAAAAAUCGUAAAUAAUAGAAUAAAGAAGCUGUGUCAUGUGAGAACUGCUCAAACUGCUGAAUAUAUAAUGGGUUUGAAGCAAUAUUGAAAAUGUUUUUGAGAUAAUUGAAUAAAAGCUGUGAAGGUUACUUACAUUUUAAAAUGAAAAAGCAAUUUUUUUUUAUUAUACACAGGGCAUUUUGGGUCAAAAUAGUUGCUGUCUGUCGACAUGGCCUCAAAUGUUAAGGUUAAAAUGGCAAAACAAUGGCUCCUUUGAAUAGAAUGAUAGCUUACUUAUUAAAUAUUGUGCAGUAUAUACUGGAUACUACCUGUUAAUCAUUUGGAUUUAUUCCACAUUUUAAAACUAACCAUCAGAUUGCAUAAUAAAUUAAAAAGAUAUUUUAUAUUUUUAAUUCUUGUGAAGGCGGUCUAAUCCAAUAAAUCCAGAAAUGUUAAAAAAUCCCAGCUGAUAUUAUUUACCAUUGAUUUAAAAUGCAUUGUAAAUGCAGUGCUCAACGCCAUAAGCUCUCCUAUAUGAUGCUCAAUAGGUCAUCUGGCUAUUCUAUGCAUACUAUAGUGCUGCAAUAGUAUAGGCCUGACUGUAGUAGUAGGACUAACAGUGCUAUUCUGAAUAUAGCCAAUGUUUUUGAGUCAAGGGAGGCAGAAUAGAUCAAGUAUGUGAUUCCUAACUCUUCUCUACAGUGUUUGAAUGUGUUCAAUAAGCACUGAAGAUUGUAUUUUUGACUAUAAACAGCCACAUGCAUCAAUCUCUCCCAGACAGCAAUAAGACAUUUAUCAUAUGUACCCCACUGUCUAUUAACGCUGUUGUCAUAUUACUUCGUCUCAACCCAACUGGAUUGUUGGUAAUUGCUUAAUUUAUUAUGAGAUCCCAUUUGUGCUGUGAACAAUAUAGAUUUGAGGUGUUAUUUUAAACCAGUCCCGGUCUGAUAUCAAAUAAUGUGUAUGUUUUCCUCCACAUUUUUAAAUCCGCUUUGUAUAUAAUUUAGUUUCUAUCCCACAGUUGUCUUGUGAGAUGAUGAGUUUACUAAAUCAAACUCUGUUUGGUUGUCUUUUGGUUAACCUCUGGCAAUUCUUAACAAAACGCUGUAAAUCUGCAGACAGAAUGCUGUUUAUGAAUGCCUUUUUGCUGUUCAACCGUUUUGUAAUUUGGCAUGUUUUCUGAGUGAUGUGUCAUUUAGUGCAAGGUUUCCCAAACCGAGGUUUAUGAGUUGUCAAAAAGCUAAUGAAAUCAUGUAAAUGUAAAAAAAAAAGAAAAAAAGAAAAAGAAAUAAUUGAAAAAUAAGAACAGAAUUUAAAAGAAAGAAAAAAGAGAAAAUGUUUGGGAAUCCAUGUUUUAGUGCAAAAUGUUGGAGGGGAACAAUAACAUUGAGGUCAUUCUCGUUUUUCUGUGAAGCAUUUUCAUGCACUAUGCACUAUGAAAUAAAUGAAUGUUAACAAAUAGUGAACUUAAUUUUCUAUGUCUGUUACUUUGGAUGAUUUAAUGCACAGACUUCACCAUAUAAAUGAUGCGAUCACACAAUACUGUGCGGUGUCGAUGCCAUUGUUUUUCUUAACAUCUGACAGACAUUUUUAUUUGUUGUAAAUAAAUAAAUAAAACAGGUUUUAGUCAUUUUCCCCGUUCCACUCCAUCUCCCGCAUAGUUGAGUCAGUGCGCUUCAAAGUAUACUUUUUUGUCCGCGAGUGCGGAAAUAAAUACGCGUUCGGUCUAGUGAACUUUAUUUCUAAUUCUAAGUGCCCAAUGUAACGUCUGUCAGAUCGUUUGAAGUCACAUACGCUGUUCUGACUAGCACAUUGUCCUCGCGUAAAAAACGAACUGCACGCGGACCCUCCUGAUAACGAAAAUGACAUCACGCGGAUCUACGUGGAACGUAGAUGGACACAAUAUACUUUGGGAGGGCAUUAAGGAGAGAUAGAUGAGACCUGCAUGCCCACGACAACAAUAAUUUAGAGACCACUAAAGGACCUUGUAGAGAGCACAUCCACAAUGAAGAACCAAAGCAGAGGUCUGAGUGUUAUUCUGCCAAAUAGCACGAAACUAAAAAUGACUGUUGGGCUUAAGGAUAGAGGGCAAGACGUGUUUAACCAGGUGUCAGAGCUACUCAUGGUCUCAGACCUUCAUCUCUUUGGUUUGAGUGUUGUAAAGGGCAAUCAACCGCUUUUCCUAGAUCUGGAGCAAAAAUUGUCCUUGUACCUCCCAAAGUCCUGGAGAAAGAAUACAUCAAAGGAGGAAGUUGUUCUCUCUCUGAAAGUGCAGUACUUUGUUGAAAAUGCUCAACUAAUUGAAAACAAUGAAGCCCGUCAGCUGUAUUAUGCUGAACUUAAAGGGAGAGUUUUGAGAUCUGAGUGCUUUGAGCAAGAAGGAUUAUACUUUCAGCUGGCUGCAUACGCCCUGCAAGCUGACCUGGGCGACUAUGAAGAACCAAACUUUGCAUACUUCAGCCCACAGAGUUUUUUCCCUUUUUGGAUCAUACAGAAGCGUGGGGAUGAUUAUAUCCUGAAGCACAUCCCAACCCUGCAUAGGGAGCUUAAGGGAAUGUCAUCCAGCAAGGCUUCCUUACAUUUCAUGCAAGAAGCGUUGACCUUGAGUGAUGUGCCCAUCACCAGCUAUACAAUGUUCAAAGAAAAGAAUAAAGCACAAGGUUGUAUCCUCUUAGGCCUGGCUUCUGGAGGACUGCAGAUCUCUGAGACGCUGAAUGGAAAACAACAGUUUCUAUAUGAUUUGCCGUGGUCAGACAUUCGUUCCAUUACAUUUCAGGGCAGGAAGUUUAACAUUCAAGGUGAUGGCUUACAUGAUCAUAAGAUGGUGUUCUAUAGUUGUUCUGUCCUUCAUGCCAUAAACCUGCUCCAGCACAUAAGCAACAGUCACCGGCUGCAUCUGGACACAAAGCCCUUGGUCAUGCAGCUCAAGGAAAAAAACGAUAGAGGGACACACAGAGAGAUGUACAUCACAGACGGAGCUGAUCUGGACAUGGAGGACAGCGAAGAUGAGCUUCCACCAAUGAAAUUCCUCUUAGACCAGUUGCGAACCACUGGCACCACUGAAUAUACAAAUAUCAAAGAUAAGUGCCCUUGUGGCUUAGAGAUGAGUGUUGAUGAGCCAGAAGAAAUGUUUGUAGAUGAUCCUGAAGACAUCCUGCGUUUCGUAGAGCUGGUGGAGGGUGUAUCUGUGGAUGAUCCUUUACUUCUGCCAAUUUCUUGAAAGGUCACAUUUCACUGAUACAGUAUGUGAAAUCACACAUGUCACAUAUCACUGAGGUUGCAUCAGUGAUACCCAGGAAGUGGUCUUAAGAGGAACAAAGAGCCACAGAGCUUUGGAGAUUCUCUUUAUACAUGUUAUGAUUUAAAAUGAUUAUAUAAUUUUAAAUGCAGUUUUAACUUAUACUUUGGGUACUCUAGCACAUAUUGUAUAACUUUGAGCUUUUCUAAUAAAACUAACCAGUGUGCACAUAAGUAUUGCAAUACAUAAAGAGUGACCUUUUGUUGGGAAUUUCCUAAGAAUUCAUUCAGACUGUAAGGACAUAGCAAUGUAGAGAGAGAAGAUUAAGAAAAUGAACUUUAAAAAAAGAAAGACAUUUACUUGUUGAUUGUACUGUUCUACAUUGUUUAUAUCCUGUGAGUCAUCAGUGGUUACUUUGCAAAAGUGUUUUUUUUUAACGCAGUUAACGUGAAACGUCAAAGCGUAUCAUUUAAGGAAGUAUAAGGCAGACCGGCACAUGCUUCCACGAUGGCUCGUUGCACCUUUGAAAUGAUGCUGUUUUUUUGCCUUUGCUGUAAUGCACUUCAUGAAAAAUGCAACUUCUCUGUUAUAAUAAAGCAGACUGCAGAAAACUUUACUUGCUUCAAGAAGAUGGAGGGACAUGCCCCAAUUUGUACGUCUGCUCAAAGUACAUCUUCAUGUCAGAUUAAGUACAGUCAAGGGUCCAUGUGCUUAAAAUGGCCAACAGACAUUGCACUGACCUGUGUGAACGAUUCUGUCAAGACACUUAAUGAAGAAAUCAAGUGUGCCCACAACCAGGAAUCUAUCAGUUGCAGUGGAGAGUAUCAAUCUGGAAAUUCAGUGUCAACCCUGUCUAUGAGCAAACCUUUAACAACAGCAUGUGCUGUUCUGGCCUUUAUCCACUGGAUGUCACUAAAUCCUUUUUUCUAAAGAGACACUUUGCUCAUACUUACUUACACGGUCUGAAUUUUUAUAACACGGGUUAGUUGUAACAAUUCCAAUCUGUAAAACCAAAUCCCCUGAUUCACUUCACACACGCUCAGUUUAGUCCUUAUUCCAAAUGUAAAGUAACGUUAGAGCCUUGUGGAAAACACAGCAGAUGUGUGCAACAAUUUCGAGGUAUGAAAGUAACUUUUUUUUACUUUGUUUAUUUUUAUUAGGGGAAUUUCUGCUUUAUAGUUAAACUCGUCAAAUUUCAAUUAUGUUUAUUGUGUGUCUGUGUAGAUAUUUUUCAUGUUAGUGCUAAUGUUUUGUCUGUUAGCUGUGAGGUGAGCUCUUUCAUGGCUACAAGACUCUGGGUUAGUUACUUUACACACGACACACACACACACACACACACACACACGUUUAAUUUAAAUUGUAUAAUGGACAAUACCAUAACUGACAGUAACAAACGUGCUUACACCAACACAAUGUUCGAGUGUUCAAUUUCAGUUUAUUAUCGUCAAUUACUAUGACAGAGUAACACAUUUAAAAGUAACACACACACAAUGUUCAAUUUCAAUUUUAUUGGGUCCAAUAAUAUGACUGACAGUAACAAACAUGCUUGCACACAAACAAUAUUUUGUGUUCAAGUUAAAUUUAUAAUGGUCAAUUAUGACUGAGAGUGACACACACACACAGACUCAGAGUAUGUUACAACUAACUAUGGGGUGAAUUGUAACAUUUUAUUCCUCAUGUUUAAAACUAAACCAUGUAUUUUCUGUUUGUGUUGCAAAAAGAAAAGUUCUGUCAUUUGAUAGCAGGUACUUGUAACUAGUUGAAUCACAUUUUGAACACACUGGCUUAAUAGUAAUCCAAGAUAUAGACAGAAAGGCAAAAAGAAAUGUUACAACCAUCCCCGGUCUCCCCCUAUAGAUAGCUAUAGUACAAGUAGCAUUGUCUACAUCAUGCACUAGUAAAAAGUGUUUUGGGGUCAUAACAUAAUUGUGCAAGAAGCUGUGUGAAAGUCUUUAUUAAUCCAUAAUCUUCCCAUGUGAUUAUAAUUUUGUGCAAAAACUAUUAAAAGUGCUUGCUGUUU